AUGUUACACCACGAUGAGCCAUAUAUUAUCCAUCCAGAGGGAAAACAUACGCAUACCCUGAUCCUCAUCCACGGGACGUCGACCUCUGGGCCUGAGUUUGCUAAGGGAUUUCUGGAUUUUGAAUUCAAUCUUCAAAACCCACCGAGGAAAACGACGUUAAGGAAUGAAUUUAGAAAAGGAGGCGUUUUGGACGGAGUCAGAGUCGUGUUCCCGUCUGGGAGUCUGAAGAAGAUAACAGCGUUGGAAGGACGAGAAGGUCACGCAUGGUUCAAUGUGCAUCAAUGGGGCGACAGGACGGUGGGGGAAGAUGAGCAGGUUGUGGGGAUGAGGGAGUCGUUGGUUUAUUUGAAGGGUUUGGUUGAGGCAGAGGAGAAGUUGGUGGGGGUGAGGAAGAGGAUUGUGUUGGGGGGUUUCAGUCAGGGGAGUGCGAUGGGGGUAAUUGCUGUUUUGAGUGGGGAGUUGGGGGGCAUUGGGGGGUUUGUCGGGUUGAGUGGGUGGUUGCCUUUUAGGAGGCAGAUUGAUGAGGUUAUGGGGGAGGAGAAAGAGGGGUUAAGGGCGGAAAGUGAGGUUGUGGAGAAGGGGGAACGGGGAUGGAAGAAGCCUUGGAGAUUGAUGUGGGACUUUGUUUUGAGUUGUGCGGCAAAGGUCUCUUGGAUGUUUUCUUGGAUCCUGAGGAGACGGUCUAGGAAAGUGGUAACGAGUGAGCAAGAGAAGCAGGUGACUCGGAGACGAGGAUUGGCUGUCCAGUAUGUUCGUACGCUCUUGUCGUUACCAUCUCGGAUUCUCGAUAUUGAAACAACCAUGCCGAUUCUGUUGGGUCAUGGAGACCAAGAUUUGAAAGUGCGGUAUGAAUGGGCAUUACAGAUGCGCCACUCGCUGUUGGGUAUGGGACUUAAUUUGAAGUCGAAGACUUACGAUGGAGUCAAGCAUUGGUAUUGUGAGCCAGAGAUGAAGGAUUUAAUCCUGAUUUUGCAGAAAGUCUGGAAGUUAACAUGA